UAACGAAUUUCAUUUGCUGUGGUUGGCUGCUCAAAGGCUGAGCGCCAACGUGCACUGUUUACGUUGUCGUGACGCUAAAAAGAGUACAGACAAUUCUUCGAUAGUAAGCGUUUUCACGACGGAAAGCAGUGUUGUGUGUAGAAUAACGGCCAUGGAAUUGAAGUGUGCAUAUCAGCAGUAUGACUGGGGAAAAUUUGGGCUCAACAGCAAAGUGGCAUCUCUUCUAAAAUGUGCAGAACCAGAACUGAUAAUAGAUGAAAACAGGCCAUACGCUGAACUUUGGAUGGGAACUCAUCCCAAUGGCCCAUCUAUUGUGAAAAGUACUGGUGAAAAAUUAUUGGACUGGAUCGAAGGCAAUUCACAGGCACUAGGUAGAAAAGUAGUAUCAUCAUUUGGUAUUCAGUUGCCUUUUCUUUUUAAAGUAUUGUCAAUCAACAAAGCCUUGUCUAUUCAGGCUCAUCCCACCAAGGCUCAUGCUGAAAUACUACAUCAGAAAUAUCCAGAUCUGUAUAAAGAUCCUAAUCACAAACCUGAACUAGCCAUUGCACUAACAGAUUUUGAAGCACUGUGUGGAUUCCGACCAGCUGAGGUCGUCAAAAAUUUGAUGAGACAUGUUCCUGAACUGAGAGAAGUUUGUGGGCUAGAAGUAACUUCUCAGUUUUUAUGUAGUGAACAAAAGGAUGCAGAGCAUAACCUUAAAGUAUGUUUCACUGCUCUCAUGAAAUGUGAACCCAGUAAAAUAGAAAAACAGCUGUCACACCUGCUGGAAAGACUUGACACAUUAGAUGAUGACACUAGAACAUUGAUUAAUGGUGAUUUGUUUAGACGAUUACAUAUGCAGUUUCCUGGAGAUGUUGGAUGCUUCUCCAUAUAUUUGCUCAAUCAUAUUAUUUUGAAACCCGAGGAAGCCAUAUAUUUAGGACCUAAUGAACCACAUGCAUAUCUUUCUGGUGAUUGUGUAGAAUGUAUGGCCUGUUCUGAUAAUGUAGUCCGUGCUGGACUUACACCUAAGUAUAAAGAUGUUGACACUCUUUGUAAUAUGCUGAAUUAUAAAGGAGCACCAGCUGGAGACAAAUUAUUUAAGCCGGUUGGAGAAGAUGUGUAUACACAAGUAUACAAGCCACCUGUUCCAGACUUUGCUGUUGCCAAAAUAUCUGUGCCAGCAGAAAAAUCCAAUUAUAAUCUCAUUCGUCGAGACUGUGCCAGCAUUUUGAUAGUAAUUGAGGGAGAAGCCAAUACGAACUUACUGGCUCUGAGAAAAGGUACUGUUUUAUUCCUCCAAGAGAAUCAGGAAUUGACAAUUCAGAAGGUCACUAGAGGGAACGGUAUUACAUUGUACCAAGCUUUUUGUAAUGUGUAGAAUGAAAAGGAAGUGUCAUUCAUUGCACAUCACUGUAAAAGGCUGCAUAGAAAUGUAGUAUUGUGCUAAGUGUAAAUUUUAUGCAGUGACUUUGUAAUAACUUACAGUUCACAGUGCCAUAUAAAUUAUUGAAACUGUA